UAGCAGUCAUAUACGAGCGCUUUAUAGACAAUGAACUCCACUUUAUAAUAACACGUUCUCUUUUAAUAAUGAAAACUACUAAUUUCUAAUACUAUAAUAUCUCUAAAAUAGAUAGAAAUUUAUAAAAUUGGAUCAAUUAAAGACAAAUUAAAAAUUUUGUACUGGAUUUAUUACGCACAUGUACGAAGCAAAUGAUAUAUAUUCAGUGAUUUGUGUGAAUUAAAGUGUAAACAAGAAGUUAAUUAAGAAAACAGAAUUUGAUUAAACCGGCUAAUUAUUUUUCGUCAACAAUGAUUAUUACUAUAUUGCUAUUAUUUAUUCUUAUUAUAUUGACGUGUAAUUAUUAUGUGCAUUAUGGAAGAAAUGGACAACUUAUCAAUCUUAUACCAGGACCACAAGGUCAUCCAAUUUUGGGAAAUUUAUUGCAAACUCUCGGUUCACGAGAGGAAAUAUGGAAAUUUGUGGUUGACCUUCCUAAUCAGUACUAUCCGAUUCUCAAAGGGUGGCAAUUCUUUGUUCCUCUUGUAAGCAUCCGUCAUCCGGAUGAUCUAGAGACAAUAUUAAGCAGUACGAAACACAUCCAAAAAAGUUGGAUAUAUGUCGUUUUACAUCCUUGGUUAGGCACUGGUCUUCUCACUAGUGAAG